AGGAUAUCCCCCAUCCCCCAGUGGCUUCUCCUCUUAGCCCUCCCAUCUGCAGUCUGCAGAGCCAUCUGGUCUCCACCCUGGGGGCAUCCUUCCCACUCUCCCCAACUGGGGUUGAGUGGGGACUCUGAUGAGGGGGUUGGUUGGAAGUGCCUAGGGUGGCAGCCUUGGAAGCCCCGCCCCCUCAAAGGCCAUUCAAUUCUUUUCCUGGGCCUUUUCUUCUGAUGGCCUCUGACCUCCUCCUUCCUACCCUUCUGCUAGGCACAUCCCAGGCCACAGCAAGUGAGAUCAGCGUGGGAGGACACCCAGAAAGUACUGGAAACUUGAAACAGGGCAGGGAGGUGAGAGUUAGGACAGUCAGACAGACAGACUGUCACACACACACACACACACACACACACACACACACACACACACCCCAGAGACCUAAAGGUCAAACCAGAGAGACAAAGACAGAAAGGCAGAGAUCACAGAGGGUGGGAAAUAGAAUAAUAGAAAGAUAGGGAGAGAAAGAUAUUGAUAGAAAAUCACACACUCCAGAUACAGGAAGAGAGGCACAGGCUGGAGGAGGGAACAAGGCCAGCCAGCCACAGGACAGCCUGGUCAGUAGCAGGAUCGAGGGGCAUCCCACGGAGAUGUAGUGGUUCGGGUCUGGCAGUGUGGGGACAGAGGAAGCCUGGGCUGGGGCAGGGGCAUGGGAGGGGCGGGCAUCUUGUUGUUCCUGUUGGCUUGGGCUGGGGCAGGAGUGGCCUGGAGUCCCCCCAAAGGAAAGUGCCCUCCACGCUGCUCCUGCUCCAAGGAGAACACCCUGUGUGAGGGCUCCCCCGAGCUGCCUGAGAGCUUCUCCACCACGCUCCUGUCACUCUCUCUCGUCAGAAUGGGGGUCUCCCGGCUGAAGGCUGGCAGCUUCUUAAAGAUGCCAUCAUUGCACCUGCUCCUCUUCACAUCCAAUACCUUCUCUGUAAUUGAGGGUGAUGCCUUCAUCGGCCUGUCCUACCUGCAGUACCUCUUCAUUGAGGACAACAAGAUCGGUUCCAUCUCCAAGAACGCCCUGAGGGGACUUCGCUCACUCACCCACCUAAGCCUGGCCAACAACCACCUCGAGGCUCUACCCAGAUUCCUGUUCCGAGGCUUGGAGACUCUGACUCAUGUGGACCUCCGUGGUAACCCGUUCCAGUGCGACUGCAGAGUGCUUUGGUUGCUACAGUGGAUGCCUACGGUGAAUGCCAGUGUGGGCACAGGUGCCUGUGCGGGUCCCCCUGCCGUUGCUCAACUACAACUGAAUCACCUUGACCCUAAGAAGUUCAAGUGUAGAGCCACAGAACUGUCCUGGCUCCAGACUGUUGGGGAGUCGGCACUGAGCGUGGAGUCCUUCUCCUAUCAGGGGGAACCUCACAUGGUCCUGGCCCAGCCCUUCGCUGGCCGUUGCCUGAUCCUGGUGUGGGACUACAGCCUGCAACGCUUCAGGCCUGAGGAGGAGCUAUCUGCGCCCUCAGUGGUGUCCUGCAAGCCUCUGGUGCUGGGCCCACGCCUCUUCAUACUGGCUGCCCGCCUGUGGGGAGGCUCACAGCUGUGGUCACGGUCCAGCCCCGACCUGCGUCUGACCCCUGUGCAGGUCCUAGCCCCUCAACGGCUGCUGCGACCCAAUGAUGCCGAGCUCCUCUGGCUGGAUGGACAGCCCUGCUUCGUGGUGGCAGAUGCCUCCAAGGCUGGCAGCACCACGCUGCUGUGUCGUGAUGGGCCGGGCUUCUACCCACGUCAGAGCCUGCACGCCUGGCACCGCGAUACCGAUGCGGAGGCCCUGGAGCUGGAUGGCCGACCGCAUCUGCUGCUUGCUUCAGCCUCCCAGAGGCCUGUGCUCUUUCACUGGAUUAGUGGCCGCUUCGAGAGGCGCACGGACAUCCCAGAGGCAGAGGACGUCUAUGCUACAAAACACUUUCAGGCUGGAGGAGAUGUGUUCCUGUGCCUGACGCGAUACAUUGGGGACUCCAUGGUCAUGCGCUGGGAUGGCUCCAUGUUCCGACUGUUACAGCAACUUCCAUCCCGAGGGUCCCAUGUCUUCCAGCCACUACUAAUUGCCAGAGACCAGUUGGCCAUCCUGGGCAGCGACUUCGCCUUCAGCCAAGUCUUCCGCUUUGAGUCUGAGAAAGGGAUCCUGGAGCCACUACAGGAGUUGGGCCCACCGGCCUUGGUGGCCCCUCGAGCCUUUGCCCAAGUCACCGUAGCAGGAAGACGCUUUCUAUUUGCAGCGUGCUUCAAGGGCCCCACACAGAUCUACCAGCACCACGAAUUGGAUCUCAGUGCCUGAAGCUGGGAAAGACCCUGAAAGUGGCUGUGGGACUGGCAAGGGUAUUCUGGGAUAUCUGGGUAACCUCUUCAGCCUGGCCUUCUGGCUGUCACAGCCAGUCCUGUGUGAUACAGACCACUAGCCAAGUGCAUCAGCCUGGGUUAGGCUUAGUCCACCUUUUGGAAGAUCUGUACCUUAGGGGCAAGUGGGUGGUGGCUUUAUUCCCGGCUAUGUUUAGGGCCCCUCCAGUCUGAAGCCACAUUUUGGCUGAGGACAGAUACUCUCAUAGACAACGUCUUGGGAGUUCAGGCUGGUACACAGCUUGGAGCUGGGGUACAGAAACCAAAAGGGCAAUCUGCUGAGCUCCAAGGUGUCUGGACACCCCGCCCUCAAUGUCCCCUUGGUCCUGUUGCAUAUAAAGUACCGAGAGAGAGCAUUCCUUUCCACUUAAACCCAAUCUGGCCAUUGGCUAUCGUGGAGGAAUACGGGUCUCUGUGACGUCACAGUUGCUGGGCAGUUUCUUGGCCCGGUACUUUGCUGCCUGUGCGCAUGUCUGCUUCCAAAGGCUGAAUUCUUUUACGUGUGUGCAGUAAAAGUGAAGCAGGAAAGAUAAGUCUGGAGGCGUCACAGAGAUCACUGGGUACCCCUUUCCAGAAUGUGCCGGGGGCAAGAACAGAGUGUACGAGGUCAAUCAAUGCCCGGCAUACCCAACCUGCCCGCUCUAUGGGCUCAAGGCAGGAGCUUCUUGUUGAGUGGCAGGUGAUGACUCUGGAUAGGAAUUUUGUUUUGAAAGGUUUUAGGCAUUUUCUAGGGUGGCACAUGGGCAUCAUUCUGAAGGCCCUGAUGGAUACAAAGGAGUCUCAAGAGAGCUAGGGGGUCACUGGAGGGUCUCAUGCUGUGUGGCCACUGUAGAGUAUCAGUGGUGUCCUGGGAAAUUACAGGACUUACAGGGACAGCGGGUGAAUGGAAAGGUCUGGUGAUAAAGUGGGGGCCGCUCAACAUGAACAAGGAGACCAGUGCAGGGGUGGGGGUACAGCUAAAGUAUCUGGGUAGCCCCAACAUGGUGUGAUGACCCUAUUAUAUAGUUAUUCUCAGUGUCAACCAGUGUACCCACACUGCAUGCUAUUAGGGCUCCUUUUCACUCCCAGAAGUGUCCCUAGUUUGCCACUAGAACUUAAGUGGCACAGAAGGCUGCCCAUGGAGGGAAGGGGCAAAUCCCAUGUCCACCAUAGGGCAUGAUGUGCAGGUCUAAGCGAGAUUCAACCACCAGCUCCUGCAUGCCAGUGCCUGCCCCAGCAUCUGCCCACCUCCCUGCUGCCCACAACCUCACUCCAAGCUCCACACAGAGUCUCUGGCACCUGAGCACAAUGUGAAAUCAUUUUAUAUUAAAAACUGAACAAAGAGCCUGCUACCACGAGGGGUGAGAUGAGGCUCGGGGAAGGCAGUGUCAGGAGGGGAGGAGACCAGCCAGCUCGGAGUUCAAGCCCACCUUCAGAGCCAGGACCUGUGCUCUUUUAACUGGUCCAUCUUCAGCAGUUGUGAGCUGAGCCUGGUAGAGGGAAUGGGGUCAGUUUGCAAGAGUCUCCCAGUUCCUUCUCUCUGAUGCAGGCACGCACCCACCCUGUCUUCCACUCAUGACUGUUACCCCGCGUGCACCCCCAACCAUCCUAAGUGUCAUACCUGGUGUGAUGAGAGGUGGCCCUUCUCCUGGGCGGUGACUAAGGAAAUAAACGAGAUAAUGUCCGAAUAAAUCCUCUUCUGUCU